AUUAAUUCUGACUCAAAUUCAACCUCACAACUCGUAAAAUGACUCGUCUGAUCGCGACUCUAACGAUCAUUCUCGUGAUUUCAAGCUCAGCUACGCCUCUUCUGAUUCAAGAUUUCAUAGACUGUUUGAAUGUGAUCAUAUAUUUUGGUUCAUGUAUAGGGUUUAUCGACGGGCAUGUGAGCGAACCAACGUGGACAUGCUGUGCCGGGGUUCAGGAGCUUAACAGGUUAGCUCAGCAGAACCGCGACGCGCAGAAGAUUUGUCAGUGUAUCGAGUUUAUUGCCGCCAUUGAUGACCCUCCUUUUCUUCUUGCUAAUAUUAAUGCUCUUCCAUAUAAGUGUAACGUACAUCUCAGCUUCCCCAUUUCUGUCAACAAGAAUUGCUCCGGAAUUCGUUAAAAUAUCACAAGUCUUAUGAACUGAGAACUUGCACUGUGAAGCCGACAAGACACUAAAAUAAACAGACUCGAAUAGAAUUACAUAUGACAUAUUGUAAUUAUGUUGAUUUCAGUUUCUGCCUAAUAUUUUGUAGUCAGAUUCGUUACAAAUACUUGCAUAGUAUUGUGAACCAUCCAUGAUACGUGGCGGUAUUAAAUCCGAUUAACCAUUUAAUAAAUAUAAUUUAUUUACGCGGCGAACUAA